AAUGGAGACCAGUUCAUCAGAAAAAAUGAACAAUGUUGUGGGAGACGAUUUAUCGUGGGAUCUUGGUAACAAAAACAGAAAUACUGAUGACAAUUCUGAGAGAUGCCUUACUAAGGACAACAAAACAGAUUAUACAAAAGAAAUCAAUGAAUCUGUUAACUCCCAGCCUGCUGAGGAAGGUUAUCAAGGUGGAGAAGGUAUACCAGAGGGUGAUGAAGGUGGAGAAGGUAUACCAGAGGGUGAUAAAGAUGGAGGAGGUAUACAAGAGGGUAAUAAAGAUGGAGUAGGUAUACAAGAGGGUAAUAAAGAUGGAGUAGGUACACCAGAGGGUGAUAAAGAUGGAGUAGGUACACCAGAGGGUGAUAAAGAUGGAGUAGGUAUACCAGAGGGUGAUAAAGAUGGAGUAGGUAUACCAGAGGGUGAUAAAGGUGGAGGAGGUAUACAAGAGUUUGAUAAAGAGAAACAAAAUGAAUCCCUGAGACAAAAAUCUAAUGAGGAUGCUCUCAUUCAAAAUAAAGAUUCACAAGAUAAUGGUACAAAUAUUACACCUAACAUGAACAAUGACUUUGAUGGAAACCAGUAUUCUCAUGCAGUUGAAGUAAAAGAUACACAUACAACAAUAUCAGUUCCAGGUAAUUUGGUGAUUAUUGAUGUUACAAGUACACCAUCAGAAAACUUGAAGGAUAAUGUCCAAGAAAGGCAUGAAACUGGUCAGUCUGAAAGUAAAAUGGAAGAUACUAGUGAACCUGCAGGUACUGCAAACAGUAAUAAUUCCUCAUCUAAGGAAAGGGAAGAUGCUCUUGCAGCUUUAAGGCAGGGACAAACUUAUGAUGAAGAUGAAGACUUUGAAGAAGAUUAUUUUGAUGUUGAGAAAUUUAACAAAGCCAGAGAGAAAUAUGUAUACUUUUGGAAAAAUUAUGACAUUUACAGCCAGUGGCAUAAGUCAGAGUUCCAAGUCCAUGGCAAGAAAUUUUGUAACGCAGAGCAGUAUAUGAUGUUCAAGAAAGCAGAGUUAUUUGAAGAUAGAGAGAUUGCUAAUCAAGUUUUGAAGUGCAAAGAUCCCAAGAAGAUAAAAGCUUUUGGGCGGAAAGUAAGGGGAUUUAAUCAGGAAAUAUGGCAACAGCAUUGUUUAUAUAUUGUCAAAGAAGGAAAUAGGGAAAAGUUUUUACAAAACAACGAUUAUCUGGCAGACCUACUAUUGACAUAUCCAAAAGUUUCUUGUUUGAAGCUAGUCCAUAUGAUACUAUAUGGGUAUAGGGCUAACUGAAGACUCUCCGGAAGCUUGGGAUGAAAGCACAUGGCAAGGAUCAAACUAUUUAGGAUAUGUAAUUACUGAGGUUCGAGAUGAUAUAAUGGUGGAACGUGGUAUGAUUGAAGACGAAGACAGACAGAAGUAUAUAGAAACAUUGUUAGCAGCUUCAGGAUACGCAUAUGGGUAUGACAGUUACAUGGAAGGAGGCGGAACAAGUCGAGGGAAGGCUGGACAUACAGGUGGAAAUACUGAGCAUGAUGAAUACACAAAAGGUCAU